CUUUUCUAUUUUUGUUGGUAGAACUUUUGCCAAUCAUGCAAGGGCAAUAAAGUUUUCAGGGGAACAAAAUCAGUAAAACUGGAUGUCAUGCCUGGUGUGGAUGAUGAUGACACUAUAAGAGUUUAUGGCAGUGGUGGUGCAGAUCCUGAAGGAAAUAAACCUGGUGAUCUCUAUGUUACUGUAAAGGUCCGGCCUGAUCCAGUUUUUCGCCGAGAGAAAUCCGAUAUUCACGUUGAUGCUGUUCUAAAUAUUACUCAGGUAACUGAUUUUGCCGAAAUCAUGUUUUUUUCGGAACUUACUAUAAACAUUGCUGUGCAAAUUAUUGACAUUUAG